GGUAAAGCGGACCCCAGCAAGAUCCCUCCUCUCUCUCUGUCUCUCUGUCUCUCUGUGCGUGGAAGCGAAGAGUUUUGGGUUGGGAAGGAGAGAAGUGAGGAAGAAGAUGGGGGUUCUUUCGAACAGGAUCGAUCGGGAGGUCCUGAAGCCAGGCGACCACAUCUACUCGUGGAGGAAGGCCUAUGUUUAUGCCCACCACGGGAUCUACGUCGGCGAUGAUAAAGUCAUCCAUUUCACUAGAGGUGAAGGCCAAGAGAUGGGUACAGGAACUGUGCUCGAUAUUCUCCUUGUAAGCUCCAGCCUGAAUCCAAGACAUCCUCCUUGUCCCAACUGUGCCCAGCAACAGGGUAGUAAUGGAGUGGCCUCUUCAUGCCUCAGUUGCUUCUUGGCUGGUGGCUAUCUUUAUCGAUUUGAGUACUCUGUAAGCCCUGCUUUCUUCCUUGCUAAAGCAAGGGGAGGGACAUGCACCUGCGCCGAUGCAGAUCCUGCUGAAACUGUGAUCCACAGAGCCACCCACUUGCUAGAGAAUGGCUUUGGAUGCUACAACAUUUUCAAGAACAACUGUGAGGAUUUUGCCAUAUACUGCAAGACAGGUCUGAUAUCUGCGGAUGAGAGAACUAUCGGGCAGAGUGGUCAAGCAAUGUCCUUUCUCGCUGCAGCCUUUUCAUCACCACUGCGUCUUGCAACAAGCAAUGUGUAUGGGAUGGCAGUAACGGCUAUAGGAGUAUACUGUGCGAGCCGAUAUGCGGCUGAUGUUGGCAUGAGAAGCGGUGUAAUGAAAGUUUCUGUGGAGGAUCUAACAGGAAGGCUUGGUGGUGUAAAUGGCAUGCUGUCAAGGGUGACUAGUGUUGCAGACUAGCAGAAUCAUCUCAAAAUGCCUGCAACUUUGCCUGCCAUUGUCCUCGUUUUGGCGUCAUUGAGUGCCUCUUCUUAUUGUGCAUGUACUUGCAAGGAGUGAACUCUCAAGUGUACGACUGAUUUGUUUCUUUUAAUUUACUUGGUUCAGGAUAAACUCAAAAUGUGCGACUUCUUUUUAUA